AUGACUCAGACAAGCCCUACGGACAAGACCCAAGGGGUCAUAGAUGUUGAAGCAUUGAAGAAAGAAAUUCGUGAGCAAAUUUUAUCCGAACUGAAGGAACAAAAACAAGAACAAAAGCCAGAGAGACCAAAGAGAAAACUUAGUGAAAAACAACUUGCUGCAUUAGUUGCUGGAAGACAAAAGAACCCACGUUUGCUGGCGAAGAAAGCUAGAGAAGAAGCAAAAGCAAAGAAAGAGUAA